AAGCAGAUUGAUAGGGAUGUUUCCAUCAUGGCGGCAUCCAUUUCAGGUUAUACUUUUAGUUCUGUGUGUUAUCACAGCGCCAACAGCAACUCAGACCAUGAGGGCUUCCUAUUAGGAGAUGUAAGGCAAGAAGAGACUGUCAGCAUCAGUGACACACAGAUCAGCAGUGCAGAGUUGCUCCAGGUAGUAGAAAUCCAUAACCAUGAUCCUUGUGCACAAUUAUUUAGCUUUUAUAACUACGCAGGCAAACUCAAUGAAGAAAAUCUCAACAGCAUUCUUAAAGAUAGGCGGAAAAACGUCAUUGGUUGGUACCGGUUCCGGAGGAACACGCAGCAGCAGAUGUCGUUCAGGGAACAGAUCAUCCACAAACAGCUGACUCAGCUGCUUGGUGUGCCCGACCUUGUCUUCCUUCUUUUCAGCUUCAUCUCUACUGCCAACAGCUCCACGCACGCACUGGAGUACGUGCUCUUCAGACCUAACCGCAGUAGGUAUAACCAGAGGAUCACCCUCACAAUCCCAAAUCUUGGCAACACAAGCCAGCAAGAAUACAAAGUGUCCUCAGUGCCCAACACCUCACUCAACUACACCCAGGUCAUCAAAGAGCAUGGGGCUGAAUUCUUUGACAAAGAUGGUGUGAUGAAGGAUAUCCGAACAAUAUUCCAAGUCUACAGUGCACUACAAGAUAAAGUGCAGGCUGUGUGUGGGGAGGUAGAACAAAGUGAACGUGUGAAGGAGAAAAUUCAAGAGGAUGUGAACAAACUCAAACAACAAAUUGCUCUCAGGAAACGCAAGACUGCAGAAGAGGAGAGAAAGCUCCGUGAGGCCCAAAAUGCAGACUCCCAUCCCACUCCAGAGGAGAACACAGAACCUUCUGAGGCUUCCUCUCUUUCCAGAAUAACCUUCCACGCACCCUCUGCUCCGGAGAGGCCCAGUACCUCACCUAACCCACCAUCUUAUUCUGACCUCUUGUCCCAGGAUGACUCUCUGCUCUCCUCUUCCUCCCCACCCACCAGUGCUGCUCUACUGCCCAGGCCCCAAGCUGUGGGCUCUCCAGGACACCCUACCCCUGGCCCCAUGGGGAUGGGCCUGGGCCUCGGGCUUGGACUGGGCCUCAGCGCCAGCUCUAAUCCUGUUACCACUCCCAGCACCCCGUACCUUGGCAAUGGUGACGGAUCAAGCUCUGACUCGUUAGACAGACAAGCUGCAGGGCAGGAAGACGACGAAGACGAUGAGGAUGAAGACGAAGAUGAGGACAGUAGCGAAUAUGAGAACUUAGUGAGUGAAGCAGGUCAUCUGCCAAUGGUGUCUGCCAGCGUUUUAGCACAAGGCCGACCAGCUGCGCUCAGUCCGGAUGGGGACGCUCGUGGCUCACAGACCACAUAGAAACAUGCCACAGGGUGUGUUAGGGACACAAAUAAGUGACGCACCUUGAGGGCUGGGCAUCUCAAGCAAUCAAAGAUAGACAAAUAUAGACAAAAGAAGUGCCAGUCCUGAAAGUGAAAGGCAUGCACAGGUGGUGUCCCGCUGUGAGUGUUUCUUGUCUUAGUCUGAUCUCCAUUUUAAGGGGAUAGUUUGCUAGGCUUUGCAGGCUUAAAAGGUGUGUAUUGUCUCACUGGGCGCAAAAGUCGUCUGUUUUUUUUCCUUUUGGAAUGGGGUCAGUCUGGGUACUUCAGUGUGGAUGUUUAGGCUUCCUUAAAGACGGGCCCUGCUCCAUGCUUUCUGUAUCUUUUUGUUUCACAUUUGCAUCACCAACUCUUGAGCACCCACUCUUGCAUUACCUCUUGCACUAUUUGUUUUGCCUUCUUUAAACAAACCAUCUAAGAAAAGCAAAGGGAGAAUAUUCUGCGGCCUUCAAAAUUUUUUUAUUAGAAGUAGGCAAAUGGUUAAACUUAUUUUUUAAUUUGAAAAAAAAAAGAUCUAUAUGUUACUAGAGUUCUGUUAACAUGCACAUUUCUCUCAUUUGAUUUAGGAAUAAUUAGAUCUUUUUCAUGUUCCACAGUCUUUAAUUAAUCAUGCAGUUGCCUAUUUAAAUGAUGAAGAAUAGAUUUCAAACAAAAUUUACUCUGCCACUUCUAUAAUGGGUGCUUUAUAUAUACAUAUAUAUAUAUAUAUAUAUUUUGUCAGAUUAAUAGUUAAUCUAAUUUGAUUGACAAGAAUGUCAAUGUCUUGUUCCUCUUGGUUAACACUGAAAUUGUAUGCGCUUUGCUGCACUUAAAAAAAAGAAGUAAGAUUUCUUUAUAAUUGUGCUAUACCAAUGCUGUCAUGUUGUGCCACUUGAGUAGUCUUCUUCGACCACCCUGAGCCAAACACAGCUCAGCUUUUGUGUGUUGUACGAGGCUCACAGGGCAAACACAAUGUACUGUAGCUUUACUAACCAGAUGCUUAAGGUUCCCUUCUGCUGCUGCAACACAGAGAGCUACCACUUUUAAAAAAAAUUGCAUCUGUCUGUUCUUCUUCAUAUAAAAACCUGGCUGCUACUUCCACUUCACAGUGCUGGUUGUCUCCAAUACUACUGACCGUGAUCAUAUAACCACUUUAAGCUCACUUCUCACUGACUUGUUCUCUAUUAAAGUCAUAAUGGAAGGCUGACACCCCCUGUUUUGUGUGAAUUGUAACCUUGGGAACAGAGCAUGAGUGAUCACCUUCCUGUCUUGGCAUUAUCCACAUCAUGUAUUAUGACCUGGUUGGGUCAGUGUUACGUGUAUGGACCUGUAUUAUGUGAUGAAAACAUCAUGACCUUGCUUCAGUAUACAGUGCCUUCCACUCGGGGCAGUUUCUGUCUGCACACAUUCACCAAUCUCUCCUGAAGGGUAAAUUCUAACAAACUGUUGUUUUCGUAAUAAUCGACUUCGAGCUUUUAUUUAUUUAUUUUUCUUUAGUCCUAGAGGUAUAUGCCUCCAUUUCCAUGAUGUGGUGUUUUGUCAAUCUAAAACAAUCCUCACUGCUUCCUGAUGCUCUUUUUCCUUUUUUCCCCCCUUUCACUGACUACUUCUGAGUGGAUCUGCAUCUCAUGGUUGCAGCUGUGAUUUGCUUUAUUAUCUGAAACUGGAAUUAUACAUGUAAAGUCAGGGGGAAUCUGCAUAUUAACUCAUACUUCCUGCAAUGCAGAGGUAAUAUGAUGAGCAUGACUAACAUGCAGAUGACUUUUUUUCCGGCCCAUGACAACUGAGUAACAAGGUAUGGAUCGAUUGGGUGCUGGAUGUAGGACACCCUCCUUGCAUGAACGGUUCAAUUCUAGACACUAUUAUAUUCAGCAUGGAGAGACAUUUGCACUGCACACAAAGGACGUCUGACAGCGAGCAGCAGGUUACACUGACAAAUGACAUGAAUUUUGUGGUGGGAGAAGCUUUGCCUUGUGAACAAGCUCCGCUUUAUUUACACAGCCUGUUUGUAUGUCAUGGUUUUUUGCCUCAUUUAAUUUGCCCUGACGUGUAAUGCCAAUGCAUCACUUAUCGGGAACUGGCACUCAAAAUGUUACUUAAUAAUCACCCAAAGUAACACAAUCACACAAUGUUAAAAGAAAAUGAUGAAUCAAUUUCUUAGGAAUAUGGUUUCCUUUGAGUACUGGAAUAUAAGAAAAUAUAUAAUGAAUGUAUAGUAGACAAGGGAGGGGGUAGCAUUUUAACAGCACUUACUGUAUAAGCUUGUCCCAGUUGAGUGUUGUGGUGGUAUAGAGCAGCAAUUCUCAAUGUUGGUCCUCACUCUUAAUCCUCAACCUCAGUCCUUCGAUGAUUGCUUUUUACAUUUUUUCUUUCUGGCAUCCCCAUGUGUAAGCCUGACUUGAUGGCCAGAAUGAAAACCGGCAGGGCUCUGGUGUCGAGGGCUGCGAGUAUAAAGUGUGAGAGGACUAACAUUGUUAGGAUCCUAUACCUUUCAAGUUCCAACAAAUAUACACUUGUGUACUCUUACUGUAUGGGGUGACUCUUCCCUGAGUGGGCCAUUGCAACAUCAACACCUCCCUGAAAGCACAAAGUCCAGUGCACAGCUUCGAACUUCUCAGCUUUUAUCUGGAUAUGUGAACUUGACAAAAGUAGACCAAGGACUUGCUUGAACGAGCACAGAGAAUAUGGUUCCUAAAGUGGGGGAUAAUAAAUCAGACAUGCAUAUGUGA